CACGCAAUGUAUUGGUUGAUCUGAAAUCCCUUGGGGACAGGUGAUUAAAGAACGGUUUGUUUUUGGCAGAGACGCAGACGAGACUGCCGAAAUCUGAACCAGUUUCAGUGUUCAGUAACUUAUGGGUUCAGGUUUUGCAGAAACACAAUUUUUACUGGGCAGUGUCUUACCAGGUGGAUGGGUGUUCAGUAACUUAUGGGUUCAGGUUUUGCAGAAACACAAUUUCAGUGUCUUACCAGGUGGAUGGGUGUUCAGUAACUAUGGGUUCAGGUUUUGCAGAAACACAAUUUCAGUGUCUUACCAGGUGGAGGGUGUUCAGUAACUUGUGGAUUCAGGUUUGCAGAAACACAAUUUCAGUGUCUUACCAGGUGGAUGGGUGUUCAGUAGCUUAUGGAUUCAGGUUUUGCAGAAACACAAUUUCAGUGUCUUACCAGGUGGAUGGGUACAACGGAUGAUGAUGACGGCUC